UUCUUUUCAAUCAGCAAGAAAUAUUCGUUCAUGCAUUGCGCAAGCUUUGCAUGAAGAAUUUUCUUUAAUUUUCCUCUUCAUAUAUAAACAUGGCCAAAUUAUUUAGUUUUACAACCAUGAAGGAUCGAUGGUAUCGUUAUUUCUUCUCUUUCUCCGGCCUCCGAUCUGUAUCAAACGACCUUGGCGAUGGCACAAUCAUGCAUUGCUGGAUCCCAAGAACCUACAAGCCAUCAAAACCAAACCUCCUUCUCCUCCAUGGCUUUGGUGCCAACGCCAUGUGGCAAUACGCAGACCUCCUUUCUUACUUCACCCCUAAAUUCAAUGUCUUUGUGCCUGAUUUACUUUUCUUUGGUAGUUCGUUCACAACCAGGCCAGAACGAUCCGAAUCUUUUCAGGCGAAAUGUGUGAUGAAGUUGAUGGUGGAUUGGUUUGGGGUGAGGCGGAUGAGAUUGGUUGGGAUAAGUUAUGGUGGGUUUGUUGGGUACAGCAUGACUGUGCAGUUCCCGGAGGUGGUGGAGAGGCUGGUGGUGUGUUGCUCCGGCUUGUGUUUGGAGGAGAAGGACUUGAGAGAUGGGUUGUUCACUGUUUCCAAUGUGGAAGAGGCUGAGAAGAUUUUGUUGGCUCAAACGCCGGAAAAGUUGAGGGAAUUGAUGAAAGUUUCUUUUGUAAAGCCUGUCAAGGGAAUCCCAAAUUACUUUCUAGCUGAUUUCAUUGAUGUGAUGUGUUCAGAAUAUCUAAAAGAAAAGCGAGAGCUUAUUCAAUCAAUUCUCAAGGACAGACAAUAUUCAGAGUAUUCAAGAAUGCCGAAGGUUAAUCAGCCCACAUUGAUAUUAUGGGGAGAGAAAGAUCAGAUUUUCCCCCUGAUCCUUGGUGAAAGAUUACUUAGACAUCUUGGAGAGAAUGCUAGAAUGGUAGUCAUUGCAAAUGCUGGUCAUGCAGUUAACCUGGAGAAACCCAAAGAAUUCGCAAAACACCUCAAAGACUUCCUUCAUGAUGAUUCUUUUACCUCAUUUAGUACUAGUUCUCGUUCCUUCUAUAGCUGCAUAUCAGAAGAUGAAUUACACUAAACUCUCAGUGGUUAAUGCAAGAUUUUUCCGUUACAGGUUUUAAAUUAUAAGUUAUUCAGGAUUUAGUACAAUCUUGUUAAAAAAUGAUAAAUAAUAUAUGUAGAAAAAAUUGUAAAAAUACUUGAAGGUGUGACUGCCACAUGGUGAUGGUUAUAAGGACCAUAUAUAGUAUUUCCUUAGUCUAAACAGUAAUUUUUAGGACGCUUGUUUUGUGCCUAGAGAUCGUUUUGCUAUAGUGGUUGUAAUGUGGCCAUUCUUAUCUAUCCUUUAUGUACAUAAUUACGUACGUAUAUGGAAAAUGGAGUACAUAAAGCCCA